AUGGCCGAGGAUAAUAUUAUCAAUCGGAGAGGGGGUGAAUCGCUAUUCCAAAGCUGUGCGAGCCUCAAAAAGAGACUCUCGGAAGUCCCUGGUUUCGAGGCCCAUCUCGCAGAAAUGGAAGAGAUGGACAGAACUGAGGAUGCGAUAGACCCUGUUGCAUCUGUGUGGAGAUGCUUGAGGCAAGGAUACCCGCUGAUGGCUAUCUUCAACGCUUCUAACCCUGCAGAACCCCUUACUAUCGACACUGAUAAAGUACCUGAGGCCAGGCGACCGAAAGCGGCCACUUUCAAGUUUCUGCAAGCUUGCCUACAAGAUUUAGAGUUUCCACAACAAGAUUGCUUCCUUAUCACUGAUCUUUAUGGAGAAAGCACCACUGGCUUUGUGAAGGUCAUCAAAAUGGUCAGUCGAGUCCUAGACAUUCUCGAAAUGCGGGGACUGCUUUACCAGCCCUCUAUUGCGAGUGCUGGACCACGCCAAGGCGAAAAGGUCAAACUGACCCGGAAGGAGCAUAUUCUGAAAGAGUUGUUGGAAACCGAAAGAGACUACGUCCACCACUUACAGAAUUUGCAAGCGCUGAAAAAGGAACUGGAAGAAACUGGGGCUUUAAAUGGCGACUCAAGCCACCAGAUCUUUUUAAACCUCAAUAACCUGCUCGACUUCGCCCAACGAUUCCUCAUUAGAAUGGAGCAACACAAUGCCCUGCCGGAAGAUAUGCAAAACUGGGGUGACCUAUUUAUACAGCACCAGGAAGGAUUUCGCCAGUAUGAACCUUUCAUUGCCAAUCAACUCCGGUGUGAUGCUGUAUGCCAAAGGGAAUGGGAAAAGAUCAAGGCCGCUCCACGGUCUGCUGACUUCCAGCAAAUGGUGGCACAGCCAUCUACACUCAACGGAUUUUUCGUUAAACCAUUUCAGCGCUUGACAAAGUACCCCCUGAUGCUCAUGGAACUUAAAAAACAAACCGAUCGUGAAGACCUUGUAGCCGAUGUUGCCACCGCUAUCGACAUGGUCCAAACGGUUUUAGACCAAGCUAAUCAUGCAGUUGAUAAGGAGCACCUUGCCAACGCCGUUGAAGACCUCGCUUCCCGAGUUGAUGAUUGGAAAGCGCUUAAGGUUGAGGUAUUCGGGGAACUACUACGAUUUGGCACUUUCACUGUGUUGAAAGGCGAUGGUGGCAGAGAUACAGAAAGAGAGAGAGUUAAUAUCGUAGCUAUGGACCUUUACAUACUACCACAUCUAUCUUUUCGAACGCAUACUGCUUUGCUGCAAAGAUGUGAAUCCCAACAAGCAAAAGACGAAGCUGAUGGGCAAAGACAAACCAAAUGCUGCUCCAAAGGGAAAGCCACGACUUUCAAAUUAAAAGGCAGAAUUUACAUGGCCAAUGUUACGGAAGUCCUAUCGGUGCAAAAACCAGGAUCAUACAAAAUCCAAAUUUUCUGGAAGGGUGAUCCAGGCGUUGUUGACAACUUUUCCAUUCGGUACCAAAACGAGGAUACGAUGCGUAAAUGGUGCAAAGAUAUUGACACACAACGAGCCAUUCAAAAUGAAGAGCGGGCUACACGACACACAGGGACAUCUGAAACGGAGUUCACCUACCUCAAGAUGGGCCCUAAAAUUCAGAAUCCGUAUCGGGAGGAGUACGAAGCAGAGGAGGAGCUGGUCCGGGAGAGUAAUACAUUUUCAGAUUUUUCAGUAUCACGGAAUGCUUCAAGUACAAGUUUGCGGGCGCGAUCUGCCACGGGAGGCAGUAGCAGUUCUGGUCCAAUCUCAAUCCGGCCUCCACGAUUUCCCAUGCCGGAACCACCACUUUCGGUUUCAACGCAAUUUGCAAACGGGGCAAUUUCUCCCGGAGAUCGGAAUGGAAAUUCGUACUUUUCUCCAGUAACAGACACCACUUCCACGCGAUCAAGUUCUCAGUCAACCAUGUUUUCGUACUCCCGUCAAGGCACACCUUCAACGCCAUGGACUGAGGACUCCAAUCGGUACACUGCCCCUGCCAUGCCAAGAGCCGCGUCAAGAGACGGGACUACAUCGAACCCAUAUUUCAGCAACAAUAAUCCGCGAAGCGCCCAACGUCCUUCACUUCCCCCGCUCUCUUCGUCCCACCAUAGCCAAUCCAGCGGGAUUUCCCAGGCCCGAAUGCGGUCUGCAAGUAGCCCUGAUAUCCACCACAACUCCAAUAUACCCGAAUCCCGCCGUCAUGUUAAUGGGCAUUCUAUGCAGACUGUUGAUAACGUGCCUGUGCCCCCCAUCCCUGCUCACAUGGCUAGUAUGAUAGCACCUGUCAAUCGCAGCCAAAACAAUUCCCCAAUAAACAACACUCUUCCUAUUCGAGCUGCCACCCAGUCACCGGGAAUGCAACAACGCCAUGGACUACCAUUAAAUCAUUUUCCUGAACCCCGCUCGCAGCCGCUGCCCACAUCGAAUCCAAUGCACUCUGCCAUUUCCUCUCCUGUGAAUCAUGGGGGUGAACAAGAACUUUAUAUGCCCAGCCAAUUGAAAGCAAAAGUUAACUUUGAUGACAAUUAUGUCACUCUGGUUAUCGCAAGUAACAUACUCUUCCGGUCCCUAAUAGAUCGCGUAGAUGCAAAGCUUGCUCGAUUCACCGAUAGGUCGAUUGGGAACAAAUCCGUGAGACUGAGAUAUCGCGAUGAGGACGGGGACUUUGUCACGAUCGAUAGCGAUGAGGCCGUUCAACUUGCCUUUAUGGAAUGGCGCGACCAGCACAAAAACAUGUUGGCCAAUGGUCAAGUGGGAGAAAUCCAACUCUUUUGCCAACCGGUCGAAAAUUGA